GCUCCUCGCGCUGCUCGCCUCGCGGCGGUGUCUGGCUGCCCGUCCGCUGCUCGUGUUCUUGAUCGACGGUUUUCGGUACGAUUACCUGGAUGACCUGCAGGCUCUACCUGGCUUCCGCGCGCUCGUGGAGCGGGGCGUAAAGGUGGACUACAUGACCCCGGACUUCCCGAGUCUGUCCUACCCGAACUACUACACCUUAAUGACUGGCCGUCACUGCAACAGCCACCAGAUGACGGGGAACUACAUGUGGGACCAGGUCUCUGAGAAGGAAUUUGUGAUUGGGACAAACCCAGACAGCCGACUGCCUCUGUGGUGGAAUGGGUCAGAACCGCUGUGGGUUACUCUGCAGAAGCUGGGGAAGAAAGUCUUCAUGUACUACUGGCCAGGUUGUGAGGUGGAGAUUCUGGGCGUUCGUCCAGCCUUCUGUGAAGAGUAUGUCUAUAACCCAACAGAAGAGAAAUUGUCUGAGUCCAUAACUCGGGCUCUGGAUGUUCUCAGGUCAGGCAGUGCUGACAUGGCAGCGGUGUACUUUGAGAAAGUGGAUGUGGAAGGACACCACUUCGGUCCAGACUCCCAGCAGGUCCGUACGACGGUGCAGCAGCUGGACGUCGUCAUGCAGAUGUUCAACAGAAAAGUGAAGGAAAUGAACAUGGAGGAGCAGCUGAAUGUUCUGAUGUUUUCAGACCACGGCAUGACAAAGAUCCAGUGGAUGGAGAAGGUGAUAGAACUGGACAAGUUCAUCAACAUGGUGGACAUCCUGAAGAUGAUGGACCGAGGACCGGUGGUCAGUUUGUGGCCCAAAAGCUCCAAGUACCAGGAGGUACAUGCUGCUCUGUCCCAGGUGCCGAACAUGCGUGUUUAUGGCCAGCAAGAGGUUCCUGAACGCUUCCAUUACAGAGGGGGGAGGUUUGUGUCCCCGCUCACCCUGGUGGCGGAGCCAGGCUGGUUCAUCAGCGAGAACAAGGCCAAGCUUCCUUUCUGGAAUAAUGGCUCUGAGGCCUCAGGUUGGCAGAACGGCUGGCAUGGGUAUGACAACGAGUUUGUUGACAUGCGAGGAUUUUUCCUGGCUGCUGGACCCGACUUUAAGCAGAAUGUUCAAGCGGCACCCAUCCGAGCGGUGGACAUCUACAACCUCAUGUGCUGGACGCUGGACGUGAAGCCUUUGCCCAAUAACGGGUCCUGGUCCCGGGUGGAGUACUUACUCAGAAGUUCUGGGGGCCUGGUCCAGCUGGGGAGCUGCUGGACCUGCUGUGUAGGUUUGUUGGGAUCACUGCUUAUGUUCUGGGCGUGAAGCGUCUGAGGGACAAGUUUAGCAGCAUUUAAGGAGUCCGACAGGACGCCGAAGCUUCUGAUAAACUGUGAAAUGUUCUGAAGCCACGUCUGUCACAGAGGACGUGACCCAAACGCAACUUGGCUGAACUUUUGAGUAUUGAGCUUCCAUCUCCUUAGUUGCAGUGGAGAUCCUCCUGGAUCUUUCAGCUUCUUUCUCCUGUUUCUGUCAUUUGAGAGAAAACUCCUGAUUAGAAUUACAUCAGAGGGAUUAUAUUGGUAAAGAGCAGUUGAGCUUAUUUCCUCUCCUCCUCAAACCACUAAAAUCCAUUUUGAACAAUGGAUUCAGUGUUCUGUAUCUGUGUUUUUUGAGCUGAAACAUGUUCUGUAAAGCGUUUGAAUAAAACGAUCUCGUCAUGGAAACUUGA